ACGAGGCCCUUUAUAUCGAUAUAAAGGGCUCUUUAAACCGGUUUCUGUACUCCUCCCCGAUGAGAGGAGUAGCGCUGAAAUCGGUAUUACCAUAUCGGAUUAGGGUUAGUGUGUCCACAAAUCGAUGGUAUUGGCCUCUGGGUGGUAUCCCACAGUGCACCAUUGUGACUGCUCUGGACAGCAAUCUGAACUCGGAUGCACUGGCCAGGUAGACAGGAAAAGCCCUGCAAACUUUUGAAUUUCAUUUCCUGUUUGGCCAGCGUGGAGCUCUGAUCAGCACAGGUGACCACGCAGAGCUCAUCAGCACAGGUAGCAAUGCAGUCUCCUGAGAAUCGAAAAAGAGCUCCAGCAUGGACCGCACAGGAGGUACUGGAUCUGAUCGCUGUAUGGGGAGAGGAUUCAGUGCUAACAGAACUCCAUUCCAAAAGACAAAAUGAAAAAAUAUUUGAAAAAAUGUCCAAGGCUAUGAUGGAAAAAGGCCACACCAGGGACUCAGUGCAGUGCAGAGUGAAAGUUAAGGAGCUCAGACAAGCCUACCAGAAAACCAAAGCAGCAAACGGAAAGUCUGGGUCAGGUCCAAAAACAUGCCGCUUCUACGCUGAGCUGCAUGCAAUUUUAGGGGGCUGCGCCACCACUACCCCACCCCUGUCCGUGGAUUCUGAGGUGGGAGUUGUAAUCUCAACCAUGGCUGAGGAUUCUGUGGAGGGGGAAGAUGAGGAGGAGGAGGAGGAAGAGGAGGACGACCUUGCAGCGAGCACACAGCACACCGUUAGCCCCAACAGCCAGGAGCUUUUUGUGACCCAGACGGAAUUGCCCUCCCAAGCCAUUAGCCCAGACAGUGAAGCCAUGGAAGCGACCUCUGCUGCAAAUUUUUCAAGCCUCCCUACUCCAUCCCAAAGGCUAUCUCAGAUAAGGCAGAGGAAAAAAAGACGUGAGACGAAAUGUUCUCGGAAAUCAUGGAAGUAACCUGCAAUGAAAGAGUUCAUCUGAAUGAGUGGAAGGACGUGGUAUCAAAUUACAGGAAAGAUGCCAGUGAAUGUGAGGACAGGAGGGACGAACGUGAUGAGAGGUGGUGGCAGGAAGAUCAGAGGAGGCAUGAUGCAACGCUGGGACUGCUGCGUGAUCAAACUGACAUCCUCCGACGUCUGGUGGAGCUUCAGGAACAGCAGCAGGGUCACAGAGUGCCACUGCAGCCCCUGUGUAAUCACCCUCACCACUCACCAUGUUCCAUAUCUUCCUCAGCCAGACGUGUAAGAACGCGUGGGGGAAGGCUUCGUGCACCCGCCCACUCCACCCCCGUGGACAGCCCAACCAAAAGGCUGUCAUUACUCCGAAAUAUUUUUAGUGGCCUUUUCCUUCCCUCCUAUCCUCCUCCCAAACCACGCCCGGGAUACCUUGUCAGUUCUCUCCCUCUUUUUAUAAUGACUUUUUAAUAAAGAAUACAUGAUUUUUAAA